AUUUUAAUCAUUUCUUUUAUUAAAAACGAUCGAAAACAUUGACAUAAAAACCUUAAAAGAUGUUUAUCAGAAAUAUUAGUCUUCUAUUAUCAACCAUAACGAUUCAGAUGAUUGCUGGGCAAUGCUUAAGAAGUGCGUAUAAUACUGGCGUAUACAGCAACGAAAUCGCUGCAGCAAAUAUAGUCGCUGAAACCGCAGCACUAGCAAGCGCUGCAGCUGCUGGAAUUGCAUACGGACCAGUUGCAAAUGCUAUAGCAUAUGCACCAGUAUAUGAACCCAUCUGUUCUAUUGGAGUACCUGGACUCACUUUCGGUCUAAGCUUGGCUGAACUUGCCGCGUCAAAUGGAAACGGUCUCCGCGUCAGAAGCGGCUCGCCCAUACCACCCAGUGGUGUAACAGUGGAGUCAGAUAACAUGCUCAUCGAGGGUCCAUUAGCUGUUAGUGGUCAACUGCCGUUCUUAGGUGUGGUGGCUUUGGAAGGUCCGUUACCUGCGGCUGGAGCUGGUGCGGUAGCUUAUGGUUGUGGCAAUGGAAAUGUUGGAAUUGUGAACGAGAAUGUGGCCCCAGUUGCACCAGCUUAUCCAAAUGCCUACGCUCCGGGAUACCCCAGUGCCGCGCAAUCGUCUGGGUAUCCUAACGCACUAGGCCUUGGAUACCCCGCUGGGCCGGGAUGUGGCUGUGCCGCUAUGUAUUGAUAGUGUUUUAUUUAUUUAAUAAAUUGUUGAUUUUAUUAUACUUUA